AUGAUGGAGCAAAUGACUGCUUUCCCUUUCUACGCCAUGAACACAUCAAACAUCACUAGAAGAAACAGCUCCUUGUACGAAGAUGAGCUGAGACUGUCCCUCAUCAUUUUUUUGUCCCUGGCCUUUGUUCUCGGGGUGUUCGGGAAUGGAGUGGUUAUCUGGGUGACCGGGUUCAAGAUGAAGAAAACCGUUACCUUCCUGCCCCUGGAUGUGACGCACAUGGCUCUAGGUAACCACUGGCCAUUUGGUUACUUUAUGUGGGAACUCAAUGCCCUUGUAAUAUUUUUGAACAUGUAUACCAGCGUCUACUUCCUGGUGGUGAUCAGUGUGGACAGAUGUGUUUCUGUGGUGUGGCCCGUCUGGGCCCAGAACCACCGAAGUGUACGGAAGGCUUCCUGCUUGAGCCUGGGUGUUUGGAUAGUGGCUCUGAUUCUCAGCGCUCCAUACGUCAUCUUCAAGGACACUAUGUCAGACCCUGACAACGACGGCUAUGAAACACCAUCAGUGAAACAGCUGAGGGAUUUUCGAUAUCAGACCAUCACCAUCACCCGCUUCCUCCUGGGAUUCGUCGUCCCCUUCACCAUCACCGUCUCCUGCUAUGCCGUCAUAAUCCAUCAUCUCAGGAGGAACCGCACCCUGGCCAGCCAAUCGAGUCGCACCUUCAAGAUCAUCGCUGCUGUCAUCACCGCUUUCUUCCUGUGCUGGGCGCCGUAUCACAUCAUGGCUCUAAUCGAGAUGGUUAAUCACACGGCGAUCCACUCGAGUGAAACAUUGGACCACGUCAUCACUAUCGGUGUCCCCAUAGCAACCAGCCUGGCCUUUCUCAACAGCUGCCUGAACCCACUGCUGUAUGUGUUCAUGGGCCACGAUUUCAAGGAAAAGGUCCGCAAGUCCAUCCUGAACGUGUUGGAGACGGCCUUCCAGGAGGAAGUGUCUCGCUCAUAUACAUACACAAACUCAAUGGUGACCAUUCGGAGUAAAGAGAAGUCCGUGACUGAUGCUGAGGUGUAA